AAACAUCCAGAGAUAAAAGCGUUGAUGAAGCCAGACUAUAACUUGAUCUGGGUGGUUGUGCUGAUGGUUCUUGCGCAGUUGACUGCAUUUUACCUAGUUAAAGACUUGGACUGGAAAUGGGUAAUCUUCUGGGCAUACGUUUUUGGAAGCUGUAUUAGCCACUCCAUGACUCUGGCUAUUCAUGAGAUCUCUCACAAUAGUGCCUUUGGUAACAGCAGAGCAAUGUGGAAUCGAUGGUUUGGAAUAUUUGCCAACCUCCCUCUUGGUCUCCCAUAUUCCAUAUCCUUCAAGAGAUACCACAUGGAUCAUCAUCGUUAUUUAGGAGGUGACGGAAUUGAUGUGGAUAUUCCUACCAACUUUGAAGGCUGGUUUUUCUGCACCCGCUUUAGGAAGUUCAUAUGGAUUGUUCUUCAGCCUUUUUUCUAUGCAAUUAGACCUCUCUGCAUCAAUCCCAAACCCAUUACUCGACUUGAAAUAAUCAAUUUGUUGGCUCAGCUUUCCUUUGAUGCCGUGAUAUAUUAUUUAUGGGGAGUCAAAUCCACUUUUUACAUGCUUGCUGGUUCAGUACUUGGACUUGGGCUGCACCCAAUUUCAGGACACUUCAUAGCUGAACAUUACAUGUUUUUAAAAGGGCAUGAGACGUAUUCCUACUAUGGGCCACUUAAUUUGCUCACUUUUAAUGUUGGUUAUCACAAUGAACAUCAUGACUUCCCCAAUAUUCCUGGCAAGAGCCUUCCACUGGUGAAGAAAAUAGCAGCUGAAUACUAUGACAACCUGCCACAAUAUAACUCUUGGAUUAAAGUACUGUAUGACUUUGUGAUGGAUGACACAAUCAGCCCGUAUUCACGCAUGAAAAGGCAAUUAAAGGGUGAAGUGAAGCAAGAUUAAACUUCUGGCGGCAAAAAAACCCAAUUUGAAAUAUCUGCUUGCUUUAAAGUGGCUGGUAUAAGGUCUCUUGCUAAAGAUGUUCACCAGUGUCCUGAAUUAAGAUCUACAGCAACAUAGCAAUGCAUCCUAAAGAAUUUUGUAGCAGACUCCUACCAGCUCUAACAUUCCUCGCAGUCCUCAGAUUCAUUGGUUUAAUGUGUAUAUGUUUGCCUAAGUAUCAGUGUUAUAUGCAUAAUGCUAAAUCACUUUGUUACAGAUUUUACUUUGGCAGGUGUUAAAUCUAUAGCGUAUCUGUCUGACUCUUAAAAUAUUAAAAGUUCUCAAUGUAGUACACAGCCCACAAUGCGCUACUUAGAUGACUGUAGUGUUAAUGCUGUACUUGUUAAUUCUAAACUAACAUGAUUUGUUAACUUAAACCUUCUCUUGAACCUGAUUCCUAACUUAUGGGUGGAAGAACUAAAUUUGCACAGAAAUGUU